AUGUCUCACUGCAAGUUCGAGCACCCGCGCCAUGGCCAUCUUGGCUUCCUGCCGCGCAAGCGUUCCCGCCAGAUACGCGGCCGCGCGCGCGCGUUCCCGAAGGACGACCCCAGCCAGCAGCCGCACCUGACGAGCUUCAUGGUGUACAAGGCGGGCAUGACGCACAUCGUGCGUGACGUGGACCGCCCUGGCUCGAAGAUGAACAAGAAGGAGGUGGUGGAACCCGUGACAAUCCUGGAGGCGCCGCCGAUGGUGAUUGUCGGCAUCGUAGGGUAUCGCCAGACGCCGGUUGGGAUGAAGACGAUCGGCACGAUCUGGGCCCACCACACAAGCGUGGAGUUCCGCCGCCGGUACUACAAGAACUGGAAGCAGUCCGCCCAGCUCGCCUUCACGCACUUCAAGAAGUUUAUCAACACAAAGGAGGGCAAGCUCUCGGAGUCGCGGUUGUACACUGCGUUUGCCAAGAAGGCGACCGUGAUCCGUGUGAUCGCGCACACGCAGCUGCGUAAGCUCCGCAACCACCGCGUGGGUGUGAAGAAGGCGCACGUGCAAGAGAUCCAGAUCAACGGUGGCGACAUCCCCGCGAAGAUCGCGCUUGCGAAGUCCCUGCUCGAGAAGGAGGUGCGCAUCGACUCGGUGUUCCAGCAGUCCGAGGCUUGUGACGUGUGCUCUGUGACAAAGGGCCACGGGACGGAGGGUGUGGUGAAGCGCUGGGGCGUGGCGUGCCUGCCGCGCAAGACGCACCGCGGCUUGCGCAAGGUCGCGUGCAUCGGUGCGUGGCACCCCGCUCGCGUGAUGUACACGGUGGCCCGCGCUGGUCAGAUGGGCUACCACCACCGCACGCAGUUGAACAAGAAGAUCUUCCAGAUCAGCCGCUCCGUCGCGAUGGAGCCGAAUCAGGCGACGACUGCGUACGACCUCACGGCGAAGACGAUCACCCCGAUGGGUGGGUUUGUCGGGUACGGUACGGUGCGCAACGACUACGUGAUGCUGAAGGGCUCCGUCUCCGGCCCGCGCCGCCGCGUGAUCACGUUGCGCCGUCCGAUGGCGCCACAAACGUCGCGUGCACUGAAGGAGAAGAUCGUGCUGAAGUUCAUCGACACGAGCUCCAAGAUUGGUCACGGCCGUUUCCAGACAAAGAAGGAGAAGAGUCAGUGGUUCGGUCCCCUCAAGAAGGACCGCAUCCGUCGCGAGGAGCGUCUGCGCAAGGAGCGCGCCGCGCGCGCUGUCGAGCGCAAGGGCAGGACCGCCAAGAAGUAA